GAUCUGUUUACACUUUCAAAUAAUAUAACCAAAAAAGAAAUAAACUUUUUCCUGUAUCAGACCAAUGUUUCUCCAUUUAGAUAGAAGUAUACAUACCUAUAAGAUUCUAUCAGCCAAAAAAGUGUGUAACAUCAGUUCAUCUGAGUUGAUGAACUAUAAUAAUACCCUCUUUAAACUCUAGGGGUUUUGGAGUUUACUUCUUCUUCUCCUUGAUUUGUACUUCAAAAAAUCGUUCUUUAUGCUUUAAAGAAACAUACCCAGAAGGAAAGUUUUGAUUUUUUUUGUUUGAAGAUGAAACGAGCUAAGUUUGACUCAGUAAUCUCAGUGAGUCGACUCAGAUCGAUUCAAGUUUUGAUGGGUUUAUUGUUUUUGUAUUUUAUGUUAGUUACUUUGGAAAUACCUUUGAUUUCAAGAUUUGGGUUUGAGUUAGAAUCCUCUCAACUUAUUUCUACACCAUUUGAUUCCAACUCCAAAUUCAGCAGACUCAACAGUAUGAGUCAAGAUCCAGUUUUUCCUUCAAAAAUGGGAUUAUCAUUACCUAAAAGGAAAAUGGGGGAGUUCAAGAAAGUAUCCGGUUUGAUUUUUGAUGAAAAAGCAUUUGAUAGUUUUGAUAAAGACGAGUUCUCUGAGUUGCAUAAGGUGGUUAGGGAUGCUUUUGUUACUGGGAAGAAACUGUUUCAGGAUAUUGAAUCAGGGAAAGUUGAGAGCGAGUUAGUGAGUUUGACUCAGAAGAAUCGGACCGAGUCGUGCCCCGACUCGGUGUCAUCCUGGGGUAGUGAGUUUGUGGCUGGAGGGAAGAUAAUGGUGAUACCUUGUGGAUUGACUUUAGGGUCUCAUAUAACAGUUGUGGGGACGCCGAGAUGGGCCCACGAAGAGAAGGAUCCUAAGAUUACUUUAGUGAAGGAUGAUGAAGAGACAGUGAUGGUUUCACAGUUUAUGAUGGAAUUGCAAGGAUUGAAGACAGUUGAUGGAGAGGACCCGCCGAGGAUACUGCAUUUGAAUCCGAGGUUGAAAGGGGAUUGGAGUGGUAAGCCAGUGAUUGAGCAGAAUACAUGUUAUAGGAUGCAGUGGGGUUCUGCAAUGAGGUGUGAUGGUUGGAAAUCCAAGCCUAGUGAGGAAACUGUGGACGGACAGGUGAAAUGUGAAAAGUGGAUACGUGAUGAUGAUAAUCACUCUGAAGAAUCAAAGGCCACGUGGUGGCUGAAGAGACUUAUUAGUGGGAGGACAAAGAAGGUCUCGAUCGACUGGCCAUACCCUUUUGUAGAGAACAAGUUGUUUGUGCUUACUCUCAGUGCUGGCUUAGAAGGUUAUCACAUCAAUGUAGAUGGGAGACAUAUCACUUCCUUUCCUUAUCGCACCGGUUUUACUCUUGAGGAUGCAACGGGUCUGUUUGUUAACGGGGAUAUUGAUGUGCAUUCUGUAUUUGCUGCUUCGUUACCAUCAACACAUCCAAGUUUUGCUCCGCAGAGGCAUUUGGAAAUGUUACCCAAGUGGCAAGCUCCGCCACUUCCUGAUGGACCAGUUGAGCUUUUUAUUGGCAUCCUUUCUGCAGGCAAUCAUUUUGCUGAGAGAAUGGCUGUGAGAAAAUCUUGGAUGCAGCAUUCAUCAAUUAAGUCUUCAAACAUUGUAGCCCGUUUUUUUGUGGCAAUGCACGGAAGAAAGGAGAUAAAUGUGGAGCUAGUGAAAGAAGCAGAUUUUUUUGGUGAUGUUGUUAUAGUUCCUUAUAUGGACAAUUACGACCUUGUUGUAUUGAAGACAGUAGCAAUUUGUGAAUAUGGGGUCCGUACAGUCGCUGCAAAGUAUGUAAUGAAGUGUGAUGAUGACACCUUUGUAAGAAUUGAUGCUGUGAUGAAGGAAGUUAAGAAAGUGCGUAGUGGUAGAAGCCUUUAUGUUGGAAACAUCAAUUACUACCACAAGCCCCUUCGACAUGGUAAAUGGGCUGUCACCUAUGAGGAAUGGCCAGAAGAAGAUUAUCCACCAUAUGCCAAUGGGCCUGGUUAUAUCAUCUCAUUUGACAUUGCAGAGUACAUAGUUUCCGAGUUUGAGAAACAUAAGCUGAGGUUGUUUAAGAUGGAAGACGUGAGCAUGGGAAUGUGGGUAGAGCAGUUCAACAGCUCCAGGCCCGUAGAGUACGUUCAUAGCUUGAAGUUUUGUCAGUUUGGAUGCAUUGAUGAUUAUUACACUGCACAUUAUCAAUCUCCAAGGCAAAUGAUCUGCCUGUGGAGAAAGUUGCUACUAGGAAAACCUCGGUGCUGUAAUGUGAGAUGACAAGUUGUACCCUCUUAGCUAGUAUUAGACAUUGUUGAAAAGGAGCUUGUACAUAUAACGCGAGUAAAUUAGCCUUUUAGGCUAAUAUAUUUACUUUAUUCAUUCAUUAGUUGCUUCUUUUGCUGGGACACCAACCUUGUGCCCCCAAGCUAGUUGAUGUGGGAGCUCGUGAAACUGUAUGAAAAGAAUGGCAGCUUAAGCUCUUGUAUUGUAGAAUUCAAGGGUAUAAUAUCACAAUCGGGUUAAGGUUUCAUUUUCAAUGUAAUAGUUAAUUUGCUUUCCU